GGAAAUUCAGAGAGCGUCUGCUUUCUCCAUAGGUGUAGAGAAGUCAGAAAUCGGAUAAAAUGAUUUUUCUACAAAUGGGUACAUUUUUAUGAAUAAUAUUGAAAAAUGAAAGAGGUGACCUGGUUUGUGCUUGUCUUUUGGAUGUUAAUUUUACCUGUAAUCAAUUGCCAAGAUGUAGGGUUAUUUCCAAACAUCCUGAACUUAGCAACAAGGUCUACCAUAACUGUAAAUGCUACCUGUGGAGAAGAAAAGAGUGAGGUUUUCUGUAAGCUUGUGGACCAUGUCAAAAUUUUCCCAGACAAGAACUCUCACUGCGACAUCUGUGAUGCGAGGAGUCGAGACGAGAGGCGCCGUCAUCCCAUCACAAACGCCAUCAACGGCAGGAACUCAUGGUGGCAGAGCCCGACACUAACCAAUGGAGCCCUGUAUAAUUAUGUAACAAUUACUCUGGACCUCAAGCAGGUUUAUCAGGUAGCUUAUGUCAUAGUGAAAGCAGCCAACUCCCCCAGACCAGGAAACUGGAUUUUAGAGAGAUCCAUAGAUGGUAUUAAUUAUCAGCCAUGGCAGUACUUCGGAAUCCGUAAUCGAGACUGUAAAAAAAGAUACGGAGUGAAGGCUAGUCGUAAAAUCCCCACCUACCUCAGAGAUGAUGAAGUCAUCUGCACAACCAAAUACUCAAAAAUCUACCCACUGGAAAAUGGAGAAAUUUUCAUAUCACUUGUCAAUGGAAGACCAGGGGUGAAGAAACCCAGUCCGACUUUACUUGAGUUUACAUCAGCCCGCUAUGUCAGACUGAGAUUACAGAAGAUAAGGACACUCAAUGCUGACCUUAUGACCUUUAGGUCAACCAGUGACCUCAAGUUCAUAGAUCCAUUUGUUACCAGAAGGUACUUUUACUCAAUAAAAGAUAUUUCUAUAGGAGGGCAGUGCAUAUGCUAUGGUCAUGCAGCAACUUGUUCACCAAGACCUAACACUGAUAGGCUGUAUUGUGAAUGUAAGCACAAUACCUGUGGCAAUAAUUGUGAGAAGUGCUGUGAAUUCUACUACCAGAAACCAUGGCAACCAGGAAACACUGGCCUUAAAUGUGAAAGAUGUAAUUGUCAUGGGCACUCUACUGAGUGUGUGUAUAAUGCCACAGUGGAUGCCAUGAAACUGAGUCUGAACACAGCAGGGGAGUAUGAUGGAGGCGGUGUCUGUAUAGAUUGCAAGGACUAUACCACUGGGAUCAAUUGUGAGAAGUGUAUAGAGGGUUAUUAUCGUCCACUGGGGGAAACCCCAAACUCCCGUUUUCCUUGCCGACCUUGUCGUUGUGAGGUCACCUUGGGGUCAACGGGAAAAUGUAUUCAAGAUGAUAGUCUGAUCAGUGAAGGAAAGAGACCUGGAGACUGUUUGUGUAAUGAAGGCUAUGGGGGACCAACAUGUCAGGAGUGUGCGUUUGGUUACUAUGGUUACCCGUACUGUAAACCCUGUCCAUGUAACAGUGCAGGAACACUGAAUUCGCAGCAGUGCAGUGGAAAUUGUGUGUGCAAGGAGAAUGUUGAAGGUUUUAAGUGUGACCGGUGUAAGCGGGGAUACUUUAACCUCCACAAGGACAACCCUGUAGGCUGUAUGUCGUGUUUCUGUUUUGGGGUGUCUUCUGUUUGCCAGUCCUCUAAUCUGGGCUUAAUCAAGAUUGGAGAAGGGGUGAGUGAUAUGUUUGAUGGGAUGAAUGGCUGGGCAGUAACCUCAGUGGACAUCAAUGGCUUCACGUACUUUAUACAAAAGGAUGAGGAGGGAUGGUUAGUUUACAGGGCCUACCCCGCCAGUCAGAACUCCCUGACCCCAGCCGAGGAUCAGGUGGUGUAUUACUGGCAGGCACCACUCAAAUACCUAGGCAACCGGUUGACAUCCUAUGGAGGAAAUCUGAAAUACACAGUGAAGUAUGAAACAGAUCCUACUGCACCUUUCCAAAGACACAUGUAUGGAGUAGAUGUCGUUAUUCAGAGUGGGGAUAUGACAGUUGUGAACGGCAAGAGUUACCUGAGAGAAGAUGUUCAGGAGACGAGGACUGUGACACUGAAUGAGACCAGUUGGUUUCGAUUGAAUAAAAGUGACCGCUAUGAGACUCUGCAGCCAAUCACAAAGAAAGAAUUCAUGAUUAUCCUUUUCAACAUAGAAAGACUUCUGAUUCGAGCUACAUAUCACUCUGCACAGAAUGCUGUAUAUUUACGAGACGUGACCCUUGACGCAGUGAGUGCCUUGUCCAAUAAGACCCAGACCCUAAAGACCGUGGAGAAGUGUUCCUGUCCCCGGGGGUUCCAAGGUCUCUCCUGUGAAGAAUGUGAGUCGGGUUACAGGAGGGUAGGAAACAAGCUUUAUGGAGGAAUGUGUCUACCAUGUAACUGUAACAACCAUGCAGAGCGCUGUGACAUCAGCACUGGAAAGUGUAUUAAUUGUCUGCAUUUUACAAUGGGAGAAAACUGUGAUCAGUGUCUGCCUGGUUACUAUGGCGACCCCCGCCGAGGAACAGAGGAGGACUGUAAACCAUGUGCCUGCCCACUGAGAGAACCAACCAAUCAGUUCUCUCCUACCUGUCAGCUGAUCCCUCAGGUGGGAAACUACGACAAUUACAGAUGUGACAAGUGUGCUGUCGGCUACACUGGAGACAGAUGUGAAAGAUGUGUUCCUGGGUACUAUGGGGACCCCACUGAAGUAGGUGGUGUCUGUCGGCGGUGUACCUGUGGGGGGAACAUUGACACUAGUGAUCCUACGAGCUGUGACAGAAAGACAGGGGAGUGUCUGAAGUGUCUGAACAACACUGAGGGACCCACCUGUCACAGGUGUAAGGAGGGCUACUACGGUACCGCUAUAAAUGGGGACUGUACAGCAUGUAAUUGUGAUCUGAAUGGUUCAGUAAAUGGUUCGUGUGAGCAGUAUUCAGGGAGGUGUGUCUGUAAGGACAGGUUUUAUGGGAGGCGCUGUGACCAGUGUCAGCCCGGUUAUGGCAAUGUUGAGGAGGGUUGUGUACCAUGUGAUUGUGACCCCCAGGGAUCCCGGGGGUCAGUCUGUGACAGUUUUAGUGGACAGUGCUUCUGUAAUGUAGGCAUUACUGGUAGGAGGUGUGACAAAUGUCAGCCUGGAUUUUAUGGAUUUUCAGCAAGAGGCUGCAAGGACUGCCGCUGUAACGAUCAAGGAACCAAUCAGACCACCCUGUGUGAUGAUGUCACAGGGGUCUGUAACUGUCUCCCCAAUGUCACGGGAUCUCGCUGCAAUAUGUGUCAGGAGAAUCACUGGGGUCUGGCUUCAGGUAGUGGCUGCUCCCCAUGUGAGUGUGACAGGCUGGGGGCAGUGUACCAGCAGUGUGACCAGAGAACUGGUCAGUGUACAUGUAGGACCGGUGUGGAGGGACAAAGGUGUGACAAGUGUCAACCAGGGUAUUAUGGAUUCUCCAUCAAUGGCUGCAAAAGAUGUCGGCCCUGUAAUAAGCCAGGACAUGUGUGUGAUCCCAUCACUGGUCAUUGUGUGUGUCCACCCCUUACUACUGGACCACAGUGUGGGGAAUGUCAACCCAAUACCUGGGGCUAUGACAGCACCACAGGGUGCAAGCCUUGUAACUGUGAUCUUCGAACCUCAGAAUCCAGACAGUGUGACAGGAAUACAGGACAGUGUACCUGUAAGGCUGACUUCACAGGUGACAGGUGUGAUAAGUGUCUGCCUGGAUUCUACAACCAUCCUAACUGUCAGCUCUGUCUGUGUAGUGCUGAUGGUACAGAACCCAGCAGUUGUGACAACUCUACAGGGGUCUGUCAGUGUGACAGCAGAGGACAGUGUCAGUGUAAGGAAAAUGUACAAACCCGUACAUGUGGUAGUUGUAUACCAGGAUCCUUUAGUCUACACAGAGCGAAUCCCUAUGGCUGCACUGAGUGCUUCUGUUUUGAGCGGUCCAACAGGUGUGAGCAGGUGCCCUAUAUCUGGAAAAAGGUUGAGAUUCCUGAGGACAGUGUGUCAUUUGAUCCUCGAGUCACAAACAAAGUCACUUUAAAAUAUAAAUCCUAUGUAGUUAUCCCACAUAACUCCACCUGGGCAGCUGUUCCAGAGUCCCUAGCAACCAAACCAGUUUACUGGAGCCUGCCAGACAGUUACCUAGGUGAUUUGACAUUGACCUAUAAUGGGGAGAUGAGGUUUAGUGUACAGUUCAGAUCAGAUGAUGGACCCCCAGCUCGAGUGGAUGACAGUCCAGACAUAGUGGUGGUGGGGAACAGGUUCCAGAUGACUCACCACACCGCUACACCAUGGUCACCGAGUGGACAGAGGUCCAUCUCUGUCAGGUUACACCCUACUGAAUGGAGAGUGGUUGGUUUUGGUAAUGCCACCAGAAGUUUGAUGAUGAUAGUACUGCAGAAUGUCACAGAUAUUUAUAUAAAGGCCACUCUAGAUGACCAAGCUAGAUCUGCUAGGUUGACCUCUGUGUCUUUGGACAGUGCCCAGCCAGGGAAUGGUAGUACAGAGAACCCAGCCUUAGGAGUGGAAAUCUGUCAGUGUCCAGAACAGUACUCCGGUCUGUCCUGUCAGGACCCAGCAGAGGGUUACUACAGGCUGAAGCACAACCUGACGGUAGAUCUGUCUUAUCCAAUCCGUGUUAUUGGAGAGGUGGCGCCCUGUAACUGCCACAGACACUCAGACAUCUGUGACAGGGAAACAGGGGUCUGUAAGAAUUGUCAGCAUAAUACAACAGGAAGUCAGUGUGAGAGAUGCUUGCCAGGUUUCUAUGGUGAUGCCACCAGAGGUUCCCCUGUCGACUGUCAACCCUGCAUCUGUCCCAGCAUUGACAAUAACUUCAGCAGCACUUGUGAGAUUCGUCGAGGCCUGCUUUUCUGCACAAAUUGCACUGAAGGAUAUAUUGGUACAAGAUGUGAAUCGUGUGCAGAAGGUUACUAUGGGGACCCGCGACAGCCAGGGGGUCAUUGUCUGCCUUGUGAUUGUAAUCCAGAGGGCUCUGUGUCUACGUUAUGUAACGCUCGCGGUCAAUGUCAGUGUCUUCCUGGAAUAACGGGAGAGAAGUGUGACGGAUGUCAGCCCAGAUAUGCUGUAGAAAAUGGAAAAUGUGUUUCAUGUGAUGAGGGCUGCACAGCUGACCUGAUGAAAGAAUUAGAUGACCUUGAAAACAUGACCAGUCAAGUGAACUUAACUGGAAAGCUCCCUGUCCCAUGGACCCAGCUCUGGAAAAUCAAGAAUGAAACAGAAUUACUCAAAGCUGAGUUGGACACUAUAAGGAAUGCUGAACUGGAUUAUUUGAGGAAUCAGACAAAUGACCUUGUGAGGGAUUCACAGGACUUACUCACCAGAUCCAGGAGAGCUAAGCUCAAAGCCGGCCCACUGGGGGAUAAAGCAGCUACCCUGAAGAAGAAUGCCACUGACCUGGAGGCCGAUCUUAACGACACCGUCAGGGACAUGAGGGACUUUGUGGAUAAGCUAGUGGAUAUUGUUCAGGGCCUGUUUCAUAACAAAAGUGGAAUAAAUGUCACUGAUGCCUUGGAGAAAGUGAGAGCCAUUUUAAGGGACAUCAAAGACAGAAAUUUUACCAGAAAUCUGGAGAGGGCACUCAGAGAAAAUAAACUGGCUGAGAAAUUGUCAGAAAAAGUGCUGGAAAUGAAGAACAAACUUGUGAACACAUCGGGAGUGAUGGAGGAAAUUCAGGCUAUUGUAGAUAAACUUCAAGACCUUCAGAGACAUUCUAAUGAAUCUCACAGGCAGUCAGACGAAGUGUUUGGAAUGAUAAAUAACAUUCUCACAACAAAAAAUAAAACAGAGGAUAUGUUGGUUGAUGUGGACCUGGUACAUGAUGAUACUGUUAAAAUUUUGGGGGAUGGGCAUCAACUCAACAUUGAGUCAGCAAGUGAACUGGAAAAAGCCAAGGAAAACAUCAAAGAUGUAGAAAGAAAAGCAAGCAUCUUUGACCAAAUUUUGCCAGAACUUAGAUCAAAAGUCAAUAAUAGCAGAAGUCAGAUACCUGGAACAGAGGCCAAAGUCAGGGCAGCAGAGAGUCAUGCAAGGGACCUGUCUAAUUAUGCUGAACAGCUGGAAAGGGAGUUUGAGAAGACCAAAGCAGAUGCGGCUGACCCUCUGAAGGCUGCUCAGGUGUAUGGUAACAUUGUGAAGGCUGUCAACGAGGCAGAAGAAGCAGCCAAACGAGCCAUCAAAGCAGCAGAGGAAUCCAUCAAAAUUGCUGGAGUGAAGAACAUUACAGAUGAGGUGUCUCGCUCACUUAACAGGAGCAGAGAACUGCUAAGACAAGCCAAUAAAACACUUAGUAAAGUUCCAGGUUUGGAUAAACAUUUGAGUGUUCUAAAUGAGGAUUUGCUUCGUGUUGAAGAAGAACAAAGCAAGAUCAGACAAGGCCAGUCUGACGUAAAGGAGGCUCUGAGACAACUACCUAAAGACCUCAGUGACAAAGCUUUGAAGAUUUCCAAAGACACUGACAAGACAGCUGAUGAUCUAGAAUCUCUGGAAGAAACAGUAGGAAAUAUUAACAGCAACAUAAAGAAAGAUCUUAUUCCAAAGCUAAACCAAAUCCGGGAUGUAAAGUUUGAUGGCAUAUUUGAAAACAUAGAGAAUUCAAUUGAUACAGCAAAAGCAAAUAUAAAACAAAUAAGUGCUAUUGUUGAUGGGGUUGAGUCAGCAGCCAACAGAACCAUGACUGCCGAGUCCAGGCUCAACGACAAACUCAAGAUGCUGAGAGACAACAUCAAGCAAGCUCGUGCUCAGGCUGAGAAGGUGAAGGUGUCACUGUCGGCCAAUGGACAGUGUGUUAGAUCCUACGUCUCCAAGUCUACUGCCGGUGUCACCAAUAAAAUCACCUUUUCCUUCAAGACAAACAAUGCGACUAACAACCAAAUCUUUGUAUUGCUGCAAAAGUCUCCCACGGAGUUCCUUGCAGUAGAGAUGAUCAGUGCAAAGGUUAGAUUUUUAUGGAAUGUUGGAGCAGGCGUGGGUAGUGUCACAAGUGAUCUUCCCAUUCAGAAUGAGGCCAAUUUUAUCAAUACUGUUGACAAGUGGUACCAUGUCAAAGCUGAAAGGCGUGGUAUCAUAGGGACAUUGGAGGUCAGUAAACUAUCCAAUGGGAAGACUGUUGAGACAUUCAAGGGAACAUCUCCUGUUGGCCGCUCUUUUCUGAAGCUGGAUGAAAACUCAGAGCUCUAUGUGGCUGGUUUGCCAUUUGGGGUGAAUAGGUCAUCAGAAUUGAGAAGCAUAGCAAAUUUCUCUGGGUGUAUGAAUGAAAUGUACAUUGAUGACCAGAAAAUAGGACUUCAUAACUUCAAGACAACCAGUCAGCAAGGUUGCUGGGGCUGCAGGAAUGUGCCCACGGUUACUGUGGUAGGGGCUAACACUUUUCACUUCAAUGGUUUGGGUUAUUCAGCCAAACCUCAGAUAAGGAACUACAGAAGUACAGAGUUUUAUGUCAAAAUGGAGUUCAAAACUUUCUGGAGGGAUGCCAUUUUACUGUUCACUGGAAAUAACAAAACUGGUGAUUUUUUAUCACUUACGCUUGAAAAUAAGCGAGUGGUUUUGAAGUUUUACCUUGGCGGUGUUAGUUUUGCACGUUUGGAAUCCAAUAAAACUUACGCUAACAAUACAUGGGUUCGAAUACAGGCCGAGAGAAGUGGGUUACAGGCUUCCCUUCAGAUUGACAAUUCAGACAUGCAGCUCUUGAGAGCCCCAGGGAGUAACACAGGGUUAGAAUUGAAAGGGAAGAGACUUUAUUUUGGGGGAAUUCCAGAAAGUUAUGAUCUCCAACCUUUUUUGAAAUGUGGAUACAUCAUGGGGGAAAUCAUUGCUAACCAGGAUCUCCUGACGGGAGAAACUGUGGGGGUCACCAAUGGAUGUCCAGACGAGGGUUACAAAACGAUUGCAUUUUAUGGAGAUGGAUUUGCCAAGUAUAAGGCUGCUAGCUUGUCAAACAAAACUGCUGAUCUUUCUCUGUCCUUUAAAACAAAGGAAAAGAAUGCUCUUCUCUUGCUAGCCUAUGAUAAUGAUCAAAGGAACUUUUACUCUAUAGUGCUGUCUAAUGGUAAAGUUGAAGGAAGUUUUAGUACCAAUAGUCUUCCAAAAAAAAUUAAAACAUCAAAAACUUUUAACGAUGGAAAUUUGCACAAUGUAGCCAUACAGAAAGAUGGAAAUAGGAUUACCAUGUACAUAGAUGAUGAGGCCCAGACAGAUGAAGUUGUACUAAUUAAGGAUGAAAUCAAUGUAGAUCAUCUGUAUGUAGGAGGAGUCAUCAACUUCAUCUUUCCUCAGGGACAGGCUAUGGUAGCCACCACUCAGGGGCUGGAGGGAUGUGUCAGUGACAUUAUCAUUAAUGAAGAAAUUUUGAACUUGAAUACACCACUACAGUUUGAGAGAGCUGAUAUAGGGAGGUGUAGAUUGUCAACCAAUCAAAAUCCACAAGACAUUCUGGAUCCACAAACCACAAAACCACCACCCACCACCACCACUAAGGUGGCUACCACAACCACCAAAGCUGUCACCACAACCAUUUCUCCAAAUUCAUGUGCAAAGACUCCAGAUUUACAGCAAAAUCUUCUGUCUUUGAUUUUUGGGAAUUCGGAGAACAGCCAUGGGAAAGUGAUACUUGAUCCAGCAGAGGUUCAGGAAUCAUUUCAGAUCUCCUUUGACUUUCGUACAUUUUAUGAUGAAGGAGCAGUAUUUCUGUUAACCAAUCAAAACUACACGGAGUAUGUGGCAGCACAAAUAAAGGGUGGAUCUGUUGUCGUCUUCUGGACAAAUAACGGAGGAAAGGCAAAGAAAUUUGUCUCCUCUAAAGUAGUGACUGAUGGGAAGUGGCACACAGCAGUCAUUUCUAAAGACCGGCGCCGCAUCAGUCUGAAGGUUGACGACAAGCUGGAAAUGGACAGACGGAAGAUCACCAAGAAAUUAUCCAUAAACGCACCUCUCAUUGUGGGAACCAUUGUGGAUUAUGAUUCUGUCAAUAAUAAAGACUUAGUAAAACACAGUUUGAGGGGCUGUUUAAGGAACUUUAUUGUGAACACUCGGAGUAUAAUGAUAGCUGAUGCCACACACGUACAGGGUGUCACUACUUGUUACAUCAAUAUGGAGCCUGGAGUGUUCCUGGAGGAAAACUCGUAUGGAAUCAUAGCCAAUAAGUAUGCAGUUGGUCGAGAAAUGAAGAUAGAGUUAGAAUUUCGUACUCACAAACCCAAUGGUAUUAUUCUGUCUAUCACUGACAACCAUGCAGUCACGCUGGAGCUGCAUCAAGGAAAGGUGAAGUUCUCUGUGUUUAAUGUGGCCCUGUUCACAGCUGAGUCUGCGGAUUCCGUCAAUAUUUGUAAUGACCAGUGGCACUCUCUGGAGGCGACCCUGAUUGGAAAUGUGGUGAAGCUGGUUCUGGACGGUGGUGACCCGCAGUACGGCAGCAGCCAGGAUACAUUCAGGAAUGUCACCACCUCCUCUGCUUUAUACGUGGGAGGGGUACCAGAUUAUGCAGUGCCACAGAUUGCCUCUUUCAACCAGAAAGAUGGAGCCCCUGAGGGUUUCGAGGGUUGUCUCCGUAAUUUCAAAAUAGACUCCACUCCUGUAGACUGGUUCUCUUUAGUAGAACAGGAAAAUAUCCAGCGAACCGGAUGUCCUUAUUAA